AAAACUAUAAUGAUUAUUCGCUGUUCGCUUGUUCGCACGCAGCAGUGAGGUUAGUCAAUUUCAGCCUGUCCGUGAGCUGCGAAGGUUUGUCAGGGCCACAGUUUUCUCUCGUGACUACAGAGUGGCAAGCUUUGUUUUCAAUGUCAGCGAUGGAGGAGAAACUCAUCGAGGCAGUUCGAGAUAGAAACAUUUUAUAUGACACCUCACAUCCUGAUUAUAUGAAAAUCAAAAUAAAAUUGAAGAUUUGGGACGAAAUUGCGAAAGAGAUUGGGAUGCAAUCUGGUUCUGAGGCAAAAAUGCAGUGGGAGAAAUUAAGGCACUCUUUGAGGGAUGCAAUAAGGAGACAAAAAAAAUAUGUGAGAAAUGGCGCCGCACCAUCUACCUUGAAACCGUGGAAGUUUCAAACAGAAAUGGGAUUUCUUCAGCCGUACAUGGCCAAUAGGAAAAAAGAAAUCAAUCUGCUUGACGAGUACGACGAGGAUUCAAACACUCAAAACUAUGAGCAACUCGAAAAUGAAGAUACCCUGGAAGUAGACAGUGAGGUCGAACAUGCAAGCGAGGAGCGUGAAGAUGAAGGUGGGAUACCUAGAACAGCCGCAGUCUUUUCAGGAAAUUCAAAGGAAAAUUCUCCCAAAAGACACGUACAAGAAAAUCCUUCUGACCUUCCUGAUUCUUCAAGGGAAAACACAUCAACACCACAAUAUAAAAUCAAGAAGAAAGACAAUAUUGAGAUCUUACUUAAACAGUCAAUAGAAAACCUGGAAAAAAGAGCGACUGAAAGAGCAUCACAUAGAGCAGGAUUAUUUGAUAGGAUCCAACCUCCGAGCGAUCCAUUAUAUCAUUUUUUUAUGUCGAUGUAUGAAACAACAAAACGAAUGCCACCGUCGUCACAACACGUUGUAAAAAAUCAUGUAUACAAAGCUGUGACAGAUAUGGAAGCGACUUUACUUAACAUUCCACAAAUACAUACACAUCAACAAUCCCAAUUUUAUCAAUGCAAUAUUCAACAUCAGUAUGAUCAAUGCAAUGAUUCCCGAUGCUCUCCGUCUACGCCACUUUCUUCCAUUCAUAAUGCUCCACCAGAAAGUCGGGAAGAAAGAAAUACUUAGAUCAACUUUAUAAGUCAGUUUUCUGUAACUAUUAUCUUUAAUUUUAUAUUACUUUUUUUAUGUAUUUUGCAGAUUUUUUACUAGUUAAUGUGGUAGA